AUUAUCUGAGCAUAUAUUUAAUUGUAUUGUUGUAAAAGUUAUAGGAAUCGUUCUUGCACGAACCUUGCUUUGAAAUCUUAGUGCCUCUCACUAUGGAGGUCGGAUAUGAAACGUGGAGUGUACCAAGACUGAAGGAAGAGCUGAAGCUGAGGAACAGUAAAACGUCUGGUCGAAAAUCGGCUCUAGUGCAGAGACUUCAAACUUUGGACUCUGCGUCUUACGUCCCUGGUGAAUCAGAAACCAACCAGGAAAAUGAUCCAACACGGGCUGACUCAGCUGCUUGGCCUCAAUCUACUGAUUUCAAGAUGUAUGAUGGAAAUCAGCAGGAAAGUCUGACAAAUGUAGAAAUCAGCUUUUUCUUUGCUUCACACAGUCAGUCAGUGAGCCGAAUGAAAGUGGAAAAUCAGGCUGGGUACAAGAUGCUUCAUGAGAUGUUCCUUCUGUCCCUACUUCAUGCACGCAAUGGUGAGGCAGACUUUUUCCGUGCACAUGUCCAUGCAGAAAUGUCGAAGACUGUGACAUACUAUGCAUAUGUCCGUCUGCAUGGUGGCUCAGUUGAGUUUUGCCACUGUGAGUGUCCUGCAGGUGCAGGGCCUCAUGCUACGUGUAAACAUGUUGCAACUGUGCUCUAUGCCAUUGAACAUGCAGGCAGGACAGGGGAAGUUUUGGUGCGGAAAAGUGUGACUCAAAAACAGCAAAAGUGGCAUGAGCCAAAGAGGGUGAGAGUGGCUCCGUGCGCACUGUCCUCAAGAGAUAUGCCACUAAAUGUGUCUCAGGCAUCCUCAAGUGAUGAACAUCAUGCAAGUGGUUCUGGAGAAUUUGUAUUCGACCCACGACAAGAGCAUGACAGAAACGUGCCAAAGGCGGAGAAACAAGCCAGGCUGAGAUCUCUGCUGUUGAAUUACCAUGCUAACAAGUCUGGGCCACAAAUGGCGAUCAUGCAAGGUUUUGAUGACAAAGCCAACUGGGAGGCAAUCAUGCUAGACCAUGAUUAUCUUGAUGUUCCGCUGGACAUCCAGUGGCUCUUCAGGCAGCUGAAGGAUACUGAUGUCGGCGCAGUCGAGCAGCACACCAGAGGUCAGACGACCAGCAAACUGUGGCACGCAGAGCGAAGCCUGCGGAUCACAGCGUCGAAUGUCUCGACGAUUGUCAACAUGAAAACCCGCGACCCUCACCAGCUGGCUGCGGCCCUGGUCGCGGGAACAGGAGCUCCACGGUUUGCGGCGACAACGUGGGGACGAAAUUUCGAGCCCCAAGCAAUCAAACGGUACGAGGAACUCACUGGGUGUGCGGUGAUGAAGAGCGGGCUCGUCAUACAUCCAGAGCUAAGAGCCCUCGCAGCAUCGCCCGAUGGCAUUGUGGGCGAUAAAGUGAUCGAGGUAAAGUGUCCCUAUAGUAUAAGGAAAAGUGCUAUAUCGCCCUCGAACUACUCGCAUAUCGAGAUCAAAGAAGGAGCUCUCAUGCUCAAGCGGUCGUCCCCAUACUGGUGGCAAGUCCAAACGCAGAUGUUUUGCACCGACAAAGUCGAGUGUGACUUUGUAGUGUGCACAAAAGUUGAUACAAAGAUCAUCAGUGUCCCUGCUGAUACAGCAACUUUCCGCAACGUAGCUCUGCCCAAACUGGCAUCCUUCUACGACACCUAUAUGGUGCCAGCAAUUCUGUCUGCUAAACUUGGGAUAACGAAGCCAUCAUCCAUGGACAUAGAUGAGGAGCUGGCUCUUACUUACUUUUAAGCAUCGCAUGCGCGUUCCCGUUUAGCGCUCUGUCUGUGCUUGCAGCGUGCCCGUUUGAAUGUCAAACUUGUGUAUCAAUCACCAAAAGGGCAAAGAAAGUGAAACAUUUUCGUACACAAAGUGUUGGUACAUGCUUUAAUAGUAAUAGGUACAUCCCUGUUCGCCUCGUUUGAUCCGUGGCCCCCGCCUUACCCCAUCCGGGCUAACCCGUGCCCGGCCCCCCUGCAUAAGCAGGGCAGGCCGGGCCGCCGGCCUGUCGCGCGGACCGCCUUUGGCCCGCGGGACUGGCCGGUGGUCAGGGGGCGCCGCCUCGCGUGGAAAGUCGCACUGAGGUGCGAGGCGGCGCGGGCGGGGGCCAGCGAUCUUGUCUCAGCCACGUGUGUGACGGGCUGGGGUCCGGCAUAUCUAGACAUGCUUAUGUAUGAAGGUGCGCCCCGACCGGGGAGCGUGUCUUACCGUGAUCUGUGAAGGGCACUGGGCGGUGUCGGGUACAUAAUCCGUGUUUACUGUGAAGAUGCAUUGGCUCGUCAAAAACCGUGACUUGACGCGCCAUGUCUAUUCGUCGGCAGCUGGACUUCCGCGUCUCUGUGAAGUGUCGUUUGCUCUGUUCAUUGCUCUCGUCGUGAAAAUGACCCUCAAUGCAAGGUGUAUUGGUUAAAAAAGGGAUAUCCCUGUUUGUGUUGUGUUCGGUGGUCAUGUAUAUUUUCCCUGUGCUGUAAUGUGUCACAAUACAUUGAGCAUUCCCUGAA